GGAAGGCUCUAUGGGGAGAAGGAAGCAGAAGGGGAUAGCUUUCUCAGGGCUUUUAUCCUCUCUGCAGCCACAUCAAGUGAACCUACGUAAUAAAACGGAGACAUAAUGCUUUCAGUUGUCAUAUUUAGACAUUGCUAUUAUUGCAGAUAAGAGUUAUGCACUUAGACUAGCAAGAGCAGCAGCUAAUCAGCAACUUCAAAUUUGAACAGUGGGCGGGGACUGUGUGGCUUCUAGGCUGUUACUAGAACAACAAGUUUGUACUGUUCUAUUUGAAGAGAACUGCAACUAACCAACUGUCAGUACAGACCGAAACAAGAACCAAGCUCUGCUGAAACAUGAAACUUUUUUUCUGUUUUUUUGUAACAUAUUCAGGCUGAGGAUGGCUCCUCAAACAGCUGAGAGGGUUUGUGGUAGUUAUGGCAGCUUUGGAAGUCCCUUCAAAAAGUCCAAGGAAAGAACCAGUUGUUCACAACCCUUUACUAAACCAAACAUGAAGUUGACGGAACGUCUCAAGAGAAAAGUCCUCAUGAUUUUGGGAUACCAGGAGAAAGAAGAUUUUACCUUUGAUGAGUCUAAACUUAUCAUAAGAGGUUUAUCAGAUGAACUUAACAAGAUUCUUCAGAUUAGAGACUCAUCACUGCUGACCAGAGUCUGUGAAGAUGGAUCUAGUGUGGAGGAGAGACAAUGCUGUAUCCUGCACUGGGCUGAUGAAGUAAAGCACUCACUGUCACCAGAACAGAUGAAGGAGGAACAUAAUCAGACCACAUCUGAUCACAUGCCAGAUGAGGAACUCAGACUUAAGGAAGCCAGGAAGGUGCUGUCUGACUGGGCCUGGAGCCUCAACACCAGGGAGAAGGAUAAGCUGUGUCUGGGGGAUGAUGUGUGUUCAGUGCUGCAGGACCUGGAGAGACAGUGGAAGAAAGGAAACCUUCCCAGCAUGCUCCCUGUCAUGGACUUCCUCAUCUGGAGUUUGCUGCAGGAGCAUACAAAUGAGGGCUGCAUUUCCAAGCAGUGGCUCACAACCAAGCAGAGGUUUGGGAGCAGAGUGGCUCUGAAUCACAUUCCUGACUCUGUUUGGGACUGGAUUUCUAAAGCAUCAGAUGACAUCACACUCGAUCCAGAUACAGCAAAUCCAAGCCUCAAAGUGUCCAGGGACAGGAAAAGGGUUAAGAUGGACACCAUCAUAGAGAGUCAACACAACCCGUGGGAUGGAUACAGCAGGACUCUGAGUCAGUACGAUGGGUGGUGGUGUGUUCAGGGAGCACAGGGCUUUACCUCAGGCAGACAUUACUGGGAGGUGGAGGUCAGAGGGAAGAAUGAGUGGAGGAUAGGAGUGGUCAGAGAGUCUGCACCUCGACAUGGGUUUGUUGACCUCAACACAACAGCUGGUUACUGGACCCUCCGCCUGCAGCUUGGUCAGCUGAUGGCCAUGACCUCACCGGUCACUAAGCUGGAGCGCUCUGCACCCUCCAGGUUAGGGGUGUUCCUGGAUAUGGAGGAAGGGCAGGUCUCCUUUUAUGAUGCUCAGCAGAAACGGCACAUCUACACCUUUGAUGCUGACUUUGGUGACGCAGGGAAGAUUUACCCGGUGUUUGGUACCUUUGAGACAGACAGGGAGAUAAAGAUUCUGUAAAAUUGUAAUGAUAAAAAAGAUAUAUAAAAGAAUAUGGCCUUCAGGUAGUUGUGGUUAGAUGUUGUAAAUACUGUCCAAUGUUUGUCACUGUCACAGCUCAUAUGAACUAGCAUGUAUGUAUACACAGAAUAAUAACAUUCUUACUUGCAAGAAGGCACUGAAUGAUAUUAAGACAAAUUCAUAAUAAACAACAUGAUUUACCGUA